GUCAUGCGCCGUCGCUUUCAUGUGAUGCUUAUCUAAUCCGGGGAUCCUCGUCCGUUUUUCGCUGUCAAACCAAACGUCUCAACGCUCCCCAGCAUCCCACGGCUUCCAGCGUUCCGUCAAUCCGGUGGCCAACAUGCCCAGCUCUUGCAGGGAUAUCAGAGAUGCGCUGGCCCAGUGCCUGCAAGAAUCGGACUGUAUUAUGGUCCAACGCCGCACACCCCGAGAAUGCAUGAGCUCCCCCUAUGCCGAGGAGUUGCCGACGAAAUGCCAGCAGUUGCGGAAAGGAUACGGCGAGUGCAAGCGCGGUAUGAUCGAUAUGCGUAAACGUUUCCGCGGCAAUCAACCCAUUGCGGUCAACAAGGAGCUCGAGGGGCAGUCCACCAAGUCCGAGCAAUUGUAUGCGGGCAAGCCGGCGUUCGAGUCCGUCAAGGAGAUCAGCGGAGAUGAGGUCAAGAUGGAUCCGGAGAAGACGAGAGGUCUGUGAGCGGAAUGAAGCGAAAGGCCGAGAAGCCGAAGGACACCGGUGAACGUGGUUGCAAAAGGUGGCCGUUUUGAGGCCCGCCGCGAAGGUGUACGGAAGCUGUUCCUCCAUCCCCCUCGCUCUUUUCCUUUUCUCUCUUGAAAUUUCCUCAGCAUGAACCGGAGUUAUAUUGGUUGAUUUGGCAAGCCCCCUGAUGUACUUCUAAGAUCGGAUAUUCGCCUGUCGGGCGACACUACAGCUGUACAUAUUGAAUAGACUUCCCUCCAUCUAUUCCCCUAUAUACCUUACGUAUCCAAGGCAUCUACAG